CUUUUGAAGUGAACUGAUCGUGUAUAGAGAAUUUAAGUUAGCCGAGCCUAUAUAAAGUAUCUGGUUAUAUCUGAGAAAGAUAAGGUGCUUGUCUGAUAUCAUUAGUCCGAUUGUUUAAUUUAAUAAAUAUAUCUUUAUAUUUAUAUUGGUAAUAAUUUUGUGCUAAGAAAAAACGUGCAUAUGUGAUUUAUUUCUAAUAUAUAAUUAUUUUUUGUCAUUGUAUAUGUAAUUACGUUUCUAUUAGUUUAUAUUCAAAGAAAGUUUCUUAAAAGAAGUCUAAAUGGUCAAAAUGACACCUCAGGAUGAAGGGAAGAUAAGACAAGGCUUGUCAAAGUAUCAGAGUCCAGAAAUUACAAAAACUCAGGUUCUAAGUGUUUUGUCAACGUAUAAAGGUCUACAAUAUGAAAUAAAGCCAUUUGUAUUUGUGGAUGGAACUCAAAAAGAAUUAUUCAAUUUACUAGGGACAAUACCUGUUACAUAUAAAGGAAGUCGUUACAAUAUUCCAAUAUGUAUAUGGUUAAUGGAUACACAUCCAAAUAAUGCACCAAUAUGUUAUGUUAAACCAACAUCAGAUAUGAGAAUUAAAGUCAGUAUGUAUGUUGAUCAUAAUGGCCAAAUUUAUCUACCUUAUCUUCAUGAUUGGUUACCACAUACUUCUGAUUUACUUGGUUUGAUACAAGUAAUGGUCGUGACAUUUGGAGAGCAGCCGCCUGUAUAUGCUAAUUCACGUAAUGACACACAAGUAAAUACGUCACCAUAUCCUAUCCAACCUUUCAUGCCAGUGCCUGGUGCUGGAUCUACUAUGCCAGGAAGUGGAUUUAUGCCAUAUCCACCGAAUUCACAAUAUAACACUGGAAAUAAUAUUUACCCUCCCUAUCCACCAUCUGUAACAUCAAAUAUUCCAUAUCCAGGUUAUGGAAUGUAUCAAGGUGGUGGUUUAAAUUAUCCAGGACAAGGACAUAGUGGUUCUUAUCCUUAUCCGCCUGCUACACAGCCAUCACCCACAGUACCAGGAAGUUCUGGCGGAAGUUCUGGUACCAUUACAGAAGAGCAUAUUAGAGCAUCUCUAGUGUCUGCUGUGGAAGAUAAAUUACGUCGCAGAUUAAGAGAACAAUUUUCUCAAUUGCAAGCAGAACUUGAAACGUUGCGUCGUACUCAGCAAGAACUUAAUAGUGGUUCUGCUUAUCUCUCAGAGUUAUUUGAUAAAUUAAAUAAGGAAAAAGCAGAACUCGAAAAGAAUACAAUUAUUCUCCAAGACAAAGAGGCUGAAUUAGAGAAGGAAAUAGCAAAACUUUCUGAUAAUCAGUCGAUAGAUGUUGAUGAAGCUGUUACCACUAUUGCUCCAUUAUAUAAACAGAUGCUGAACGCAUUUGCUGAAGAGGCUGCCACAGAGGAUGCUAUAUAUUAUCUUGCAGAGGGAUUGCGAUCUGGUAUUAUAGAUUUGGAUGCCUUCCUUAAACAAGUCCGACAACUUUCGCGUAGACAAUUUAUGCUCAGAGCUCUUAUGCAACGAUGUCGUCAGAAAGCUGGACUGACAGAUUGAACUGUCAUAAACUCAUACAUUAAACUCUUUUAUUAUAACGUAUUUGUAACAAAGUAUAUAAUUUUCAUAUUGUGCAAACAAAUGAAAAGUGCAUUGUAUGCAUCGGUUGCAGUAAGCAGAUCGGUUAUGUUGUAAAGUCUAUGAUAGUUUAUCGAUAUGUAUAAUAUUCCUUCGAACAAAAUACAUUUUUACAAAUUUU